GAGAAAAAAUAAAUGUAAAAAUAAAACAAAUUCUACACGUACGCACUGCACACACACACACCGACAAAGUGUUAGGUGGGGAUGAUGGUGGGGAGAGGAAAUACAUUGCGGACAUGGUUGCUUCGUUUUUUUUUAUGCAUUUGGUUUGUUUUCUUGGCUCGACAAAGGAGAGUGGGAACAAAGGAUAAAAAGGCGAGAUAUGGAGGAAGAGAGGUAGAGAAGAGGGGGAUUGCUUUUUUUUUUCUUCUUUUCUAUGUGUACAUUAUGCGUGCGUGUGUAUGUGUGGUAUAGGGGGGGGGAGUAAGUAAGACUUGCGACUAGCAAGUCAGUGCAAGAGCGAAGAGGGAGAGAGAUGAUGGAGAGAGCGCUUCGACCCAAGACCCCAAAGACCGAAAA